AUGGGGCUUUCUACUGUCUUCCUCAGCGGUGAAUUCUCAAAGACUCGAACGGCGAACCCUGGCUAUGACUGCCGGAUCGAUCUCAGCGCGAAGCUUUGGGGCUUCUGCCCAACAUCGGUCAUAGCAGCAUCGGAUUGCGGUCUGGCUGGCAGUUGCGUGGAUAACCAUGCGUGCUCCAAAGGAUGUGGUUUCACUAACCAAGACUUGACCACAUUCACCUGCAAGGAUCCCGGCAACGACUACUGCUCUACCGCCCUCUUGACCUUAUCCAACCUCGACCUCGGAGCCUUCAGCUACAUCGCUUGCGGUAAAGCCCCCAUCACCGAUAGUUACCUGGCCUGGGCGACCGACGUAAUCACCCCCAUCCCCAUCGGCGCUCAAGGUACCAGCACUUCCACAACAGGAGCCCCUGCAUCCACUUCGAAGAUUGCCUCGGAGACCGCCACCUCCACAGCAUCCUCUUCAUCCACAAGCGCAGCCCCAUCUGCUUCCGGACCGGAAGAACCAAAGGGCGACUCAAAUGGCAAUAACAACAACAUGGGCGCCAUCGUCGGCGGAGUGGUAGGCUCGCUUGCGGUGCUCUGCGGCUCCGUCGUCGCCAUCGUCUGGCUACUGAGGAGGAACCGCAAGGAGAAGGCACUCGCUUCAUCGUCGUCAUCGACAGCGGAGAGGGAUAUGGUGGAUCAAACCGGGAGCGGUGGUGGUGACAAUGCUACUGCUUAUGCGUUGAACGAGAUCAAAUACCCAGAUAUCUACGGCUCGGAACGAGGGUUGGGCGGCACUCCGACGUAUGCGGUGCAAGAACUGGACCAUACCGAGUAUAGAGGGUGGAAAACACCGCAGGAGUUGUCGGGCGUGAGGUCGCCGAGGGAGUUGUCGGAUACGUGGGUGAAGAGUAUGCCGGUGGAACUACCGGCUGGGUCGGUUUACUAG